GCCAGAAAAAGGGAGAGAGAUGCUUUAUUUGCUUACUAAAGACACAAUAAGGAACGAAAUCUAAUAUCAAUGACACAUCGCAAACAUCAUAAUAAAAGAGAAUGUGGAUUGAGAGAACGUGAUUUCGAAGCUGCUGCACAAAACAUUAAUUUGUGCUAAAGCUGAAAAUGGGCUGAUCGGAGGGGUGACAAGUUUCUCUCAAUGGUUACAAGGUGAAAAGUAAUUUUACACUUGACAGAGCAAGUACAUUUAGAAUGGGAGGAGAUAUGAGCCAGCGAUAUGUCAGAACUUGAUGGAAACACUCAAUGGACUUGUGAGGGUGUGUAAGUGAAACAGGGAGGUAAGAAACGUCUUUUGAUCCUUAAUCUGUGAUAUUUUCAUUUUAAGUGUUACCAUUCACCGGAUUAACUUUCAGGCUUUUUCACAUUAAAUAUAGUCAAGAAAUGCAAUUAAAAAUGUUUGAGAAAGGCUGGGGAUAUUCCUAAAGUUUGAAUUUUUUGCUUUUUCACUCAAGACUUGGUGGACUGCACUAAAGGAUUUACUGUAUUAAAAGACGUUUCAGAGUUCUGCAAAACUUCCAACACUAUAACCACUUAUUUAUGGAGUAUCCUGAUUUUUUUUGGCAGUGUUGGCAUAUGAAGAAGAACUUUAACUAUUUGAAUAAUUUACCAACUCUCCACCCUAUCCUAGAGCUGCUGUCAGUUAUUGUUUACACACCAUCAUGAUUUAUACUACAGUCCUUGUCCCUUUAUAGAAGGAUAUCUUGUCAACUUUUAGGCUCCAAUCAUGUCAAACUCUCAAGAGCAGAGCCUCAAUGAGAAUACCAUCUAUUCUCCAUUGACGGAGUCCAGCCCAGACUUCUUGCACUGUGAGGCAGAGCGGUAUUGCGUGGAAAGCCUGGUGAGUUCAGGCCCUGGUGAGUUCUAUGCCAAACUUAACAGAGAGCAAAUCGGACCUUUCCUCUCACCCAGAGAGGUGGAUCAGAUCACCAGCUGGGUCGAGGAUUAUUGCAGCAGUGAUGCAGUACUGGAGGAUGUAAAUGGCAAGGAGGAGGUUGGUUCUGAUGUACAGGACUUUUCUGGACACUAUUUUCCCGUACAGUCUGACACGCCAGCGCCAUGCUUAGAGCUGGGAUGGCCAGAAAAGAUCAGCUGGAUGGAUAUGGGCGGAGUUCAUGUCUACACCAAUCCUCCUCAAGAAAAUGCGCCUCCAAUACGGGAAGUCCUCAGGAGACUCCUACAUGGAGCCAAUAAACUGAUCGCCAUGGUGACCGACAAAUUGUCAGACAGUGCCGUGAUUGGUGAUCUCCUGUCCACUGCAGCGCGUGGUAUUCCGGUAUACAUCAUUCUUAACCAAAGAUCUGUGGAAAAUAACUGCUCUUCACACCAGCUUCAACAUCCAAAUAUCAGAGUGCGCGUUUUGGGUGGUAAAACGUUCCUGACGCGUGAUGCAAAGAUGGUGGUUGGAGAACUCAAGGACAACUUUGUAUUGGUGGAUCUGGAUACUGUGAUGUUGGGGAGCUAUAGUCCUACCUGGAGUGACGCUCACCUGCAUCGUCAGAUCGUCACCGUCAUGAGUGGCCCAGUAGUGGAAUCUUUUGAUCGAGAGUUUCGAAUACUUUAUGCUGCUUCACUCCCGGUCCCAGAUAUGCUGAAAACAGAAAAGUCAGCAUAUGAACCCAACACACUUUACAAGCCAGUUUCUCUGAACUUGAACAACGGCAAAAUUGAACUCACCGAGUUCAUCUCCAGUCCUCCCCCUCCACCAACCGACAACCCCCUGGACUGGGAGGCGAUGGGGGUUAUCCAGAGAUUGACAGAGAGCACUCUUAACUCACCUGAUGCUUGUGAUUUGCCGUUCCAUCAUCAACCUGUCCUGGACAGACAUCAUGGUGGAUUGGAGUUUCCCUCAAAUGAGUUUAAUGUCAGAUUUCAGUCUGGGCAUCAAGAGGAGGGCAAGUUAAAUUCAAUGUUUCUGUCUGACUUCAGGCAUCCAGAAUAUCAAAGAUCAAGACGGCAUUUCUUUCCAGGACAAAUCCAGAUGCAUUGUAAUGAGGCGUUGAAUAGUUCUUUUAUCCCAAGGCCUAUACAAAUGCCUGAGAGAAUCACAUACAAUCAUCACUCUUCUCCGCUGAACACUGAAAAUGAGGAGAGAUAUCCUGUAUACAAACCUUGCAUCCACAGAAAAGAAAUAACAUCAGAGGAAGAGGACAGACGGGAACCCUUCCUCAGGAGGGACAGAGUUUCAGGAGAGAAUAUGAAUCCAGAGGGAACAAAACCAGCUAAUUUAAAGAAGCCAGCAGAGCUCUCCCGGAGCAAAACUUUCAGCACGUUGAGUGACAUUAUUAAAAGAGUGAAUGCACGCGUGAGUUCAGGACAGCAGAAGACAGAAAACCCAGCACCGGGAGUCAGCAAAUCAACACUGGAACUCAAUAUACAGCGAUCAGAUGCUUUAUCGAAUGCUCGAACCACCAACUGUGAUAAUCUCCCCCUGACUCCAGCUCUGGCACUUAUGAAAAAGCGAAAUGAUGAGGUAAAAUCUGGACUGUUGAGGAGUAUGCCCAUUGUGUUUGCACCGAGUUUCAGGAGUUCCGGAUUCAGCCUGCAGAGGGAGAAAUGGAGAACUCGUUUUAGAGACCAUAAAAAUGAGGAGGAACACUGACUGAUGAAAACUGCAGACUAUGACGUCACAUCACCAGUGUUCAAAUAAUUCCCAUAUAUUUAAAUACAUGUAACUGUAAUAAACAUUGCUGCAAGUAAGUAGGGGAUUUAGUGCUUGCUGGUAAUUGCCUACAUUCAUAAACAAUGGUGUUACACUUGACGAUAGAAAAUGGGAUCAAUAAUAGUCUGGUUUACUGAUGUAUUAAUAAAAAUGUGUUGAACUUAACAUAUGUGAAUCAACAUGAUAUAGGAAUUGUGUUUUCUCAAUGAAAGGGAAAAUACUCAUUUAAGAUAUUCCUUAAAUUUAAAUGGAUUUCUAAAAGUUAAUACCACAAAGACUACAAGUGUUGAAGAGACUCUUUGUGUUCAAAUCUACUGUGCAUUCAGAAAGUAUUCAGGCUCCUUCAUUUUUCACAUUUAGCGAUGUUGCAGCCUCAUUCUAAAUUGUUUU